AUGUUAGACGGCAAUGUAUCAGAAGGGGCCGUUGUGAAUGCCGCCGUAGUAGGGGGUCUCACGGACAUCGAAUUACUCCCAUUGGAGCCCCCGAGUGUAGAAAAUGAGGCUGACGAUAACAACGAGAAUGCUGAUGAUGAUGACUUUGGAGCCUUUGGGGGAGCCUUGGAAGCUGACGAAAUGCCUACGCUGUCUGACGAAGGACCAGAAGAGGAUGAGUAUGUCAAAUCCAUGGACAAGCCGGUGGGUGUAUCAGAAGGGGCCGUUGUGAAUGCCGCCGUAGUAGGGGGUCUCACGGACAUCGAAUCACUCCCAUUGGAGCCCCCGAGUGUAGAAAAUGAGGCUGACGAUAACAACGAGAAUGCUGAUGAUGAUGACUUUGGAGCCUUUGGGGGAGCCUUGGAAGCUGACGAAAUGCCUACGCUGUCUGACGAAGGACCAGAAGAGGAUGAGUAUGUCAAAUCCAUGGACAAGCCGGUGGGUGUAUCAGAAGGGGCCGUUGUGAAUGCCGCCGUAGUAGGGGGUCUCACGGACAUCGAAUUACUCCCAUUGGAGCCCCCGAGUGUAGAAAAUGAGGCUGACGAUAACAACGAGAAUGCUGAUGAUGAUGACUUUGGAGCCUUUGGGGGAGCCUUGGAAGCUGACGAAAUGCCUACGCUGUCUGACGAAGGACCAGAAGAGGAUGGUCUCCCUGUAGAGUACCAACACGGAAUAACAGGGAUGAAUGUUGCAGGAUCAGCUCUUGAAAGUCUUGUACAAGCGAAUGAAACUAUGAGCUUAGGCAUGCAAAAAUCGAGCGCUGAACCAGGGUGGGGUUUGCUGGAUCGAUUAAAGAAAUCGCUCCCCGAUAUCUUCCCCGUCAGAGAGAAGAGUGCAGAUCAGGAUGUGGUGAUAAACAGCUUAGGUGAUUCAGAUGAUUUGCAUUGUAUUGCAACUUCACUGAAUAUACUUAGAAGUGGGUGCAGCCCUUUUUUGGUUUCGUCGACUAAGGAU